GCAGAACCCGCUCGCUGUUUCCAUUUCAUGCCGUGUCCUCCUCCGCGGCCGCCGCAUUCAUCUCCCUCAAAAUCGCCGCCAAUCGCCGCCGUAGGCCACCACAACUGAAGCCCGCCGGCGGGUUUCGUAUCAGAGAAAAGAUACAGAUAAAGAAGUGCAGAACGUAUACACACAGGAUCGCAUGGUUAACUGUUAGAGAGAGAGCAAGAAAUAACCAGUGUAUUGAGUUCCACAACUUGCUGGUAAAGCUUCAUCUCAAUUUCUUUCAUGAAAUUAGUCUAGGGUAAUUGCUGGAAUCAGACAAGAGCACAAACAAUGGGAUUGCCGAAUGCUGCUUCUGGGGAUUUGUCGUCGGAGAUGGAGGUUGAUGCUUUUAGACGACUCUUCCCACUUCAGUUUUAUGAGCGUCAUUUCGCUGAAUCGAUACGUCCUGAUGGAAGAGCACUGGGGAAAGCUAGAGAUACAACCAUUGCUCUUGGGCCUGUAUCAUCUGCAAAUGGUUCUGCCCUGGCUAAGAUUGGUUCUACGACAAUGUUGGCUGCUAUUAAAAUGGAAGUAAUGACGCCUUCCAUAGAGUCACCGGAUGAGGGUUGCAUAGCUAUUGAUUUCCAUAUGCCCCCAAUAUGCUCUCCGAUUGUUAGGCCUGGGAGACCAGCUGAAGCCGCACCUGUGAUUUCAAAGCAGUUAUCUGACACCAUUUCAAGUUCUGGGAUGAUUGAUCUGAGAGAAUUAUCUCUUGUUAAAGGAAAAGCUGCUUGGAUGGCAUACCUGGAUAUUUAUUGUUUGGAUGCCGAUGGAUCUCUUUUUGAUGCUGCACUUCUUUCUGCAGCUGCUGCAUUUUCUCAUUUGCAAAUCCCUGUUGUUGCUCUAAAUGAUGAUGGGAAAGUAGUAUUUGUCUCCGAGGAAGAAGGGGGAGAAAACUUUGAGAAGGAGCCUGUCAACAAAGAGAAAAGGAAACUGAAAUUGAGCUCUAUUCCUUUCUCAUUAACAUGCAUACUCCACAAGAACCACAUCUUGGCAGACCCUACUGCAGAGGAGGAGUCCAUCAUGGAAACUAUUGUGACCGUGGUUUUAGAUUUGUCGGGUCAACUCGUAUCCUUCUACAAGCCGGGUGGAUCCGUUCUUGCCUUUACAUCUGCUGUUCAGGAUUGCGUUGCACUGACGAGACAGAGAGUGAAGGAACUUCAAGUGAUUUUAGACGAAGCGAUUUCUGGUAUGGAAAUUGACUAAGUUUUGGAGAGGCUUUUCUUCUAGAAUGUAAUGAUUUGUAGGCUUCCAAUUACACUUGUUUGGUUCUCCUGGUUUUGGUGAUGAUAUUUGUUAACCAUGAGGAUUGUCUUUCUUAAGAGUUUGGUCUCACCAAUCAAUUUUGGUCCCUGGCAGGGGUUUGAUUUCUACACUAAAGUUUUAAGGCAAAUAUUUAUUUAUUACUAAUUCAAAAGUUCAUUUCUCA